AUGGACUUGAAGAAUCUGAUUUCAUCGGAGGAAAGACCCGCUCCUGACAUGAGCCGGUCGAACUCUCAACCACGUAUGUCGAUUCACGACCUUGUCAAUGCGGACGACUCCGCAAUUCGGCAGCGGAGUAGCAUCACACAUCUGACCAACGACGAGGACGUGGACAUGAACGGGCACAAGACGGUGAGCUUGACGAGAAGAAAGUCAUCUGCGACCUCCAGCGAGGUGGGUUCUCCCUUUGCAGAGGUCCGGUCGCGCAAACAGCCCGCUCCAGAACAACUGAGCCCGAUUGAGGGCCACAAGGAAAACAAACCUCCCUCCCGCAAGCCAAGACGGUACACAGAAAAGCCAACCUGGGCAAAGGACUACAUUCCCACCGUACGGAAGAGCGUGCGUAAACCGGCAAUGGCCACAGCUGCCACAAAACUGAGUGUUGCGUCGAUCUCGGGAACGAUACCUAGAAACGACUUCAACAAGGUGGUUACCGAGUGGAUAUGGGCCAACAUCGAGGGAACGCGCCACGAGUACAAGUCGAUGGGGUCUAUCGACAAGUAUUUGGAGCUCGAGCUGAAAGUUGGCCAUAUUUGGGACAAAGUCAAGGACAGAAGGUUGCGGCUACCGGUGAAUAGCGAGACAAUUUUGAACGUUGAUUUUUUCCAGACAGACUGCUAUUUCCGGUCCGGUGUGCCUGCCCAACAGUUCCACGACCUUCGUGCGUAUUUGGGGAAGCUGUCGCACGAGAAACCCAACCACAAGGCGAACAAGUUUGUGGUGGAGAACUCGCACUGUGUGGACCUGAUUGCUUAUGAGAGAAAAAGGGACGAGAAACCAACUACUGGCCGUGUUUCCGUGGAUGUGAAGACGCAGAGACGCAUGUCGAGUAUUCAUAAGCACCGCGUGGCAGAUCUGGUGAUCUAUUUACCGAACUCGCUGUACGACCUGCGGCUGUCGAUGUCGUUGGAAUUGCCGUACGAGAUGAACGACGCCGGGUUCGAGAGCUUCCAGAAACGCGUGGAGCUGCGUCGCGACAAGGACCGCGUGAGCUACUCGCAUCUGGCCACGUUCACCAAGAUCGACAUGACCAAGGUCAAGGAAAACGGAUCUGUGAAGCACGAGGUGGAGCUGGAACUGGACACGGUCGAGCUGUUGAACAGCAUGGCCAAGAUCGGCACAGACCCAUUGUAUUAUAUCGACCUUGUCCAGGCGUUUCUGGACAACGGUCGGAUUGUCAGUCGCCAGCUGAGUAUCCAGGAGUAA